AUAUAUAUAUAUAUAUCUAUCUUUCUCUAUCCCUCUUUUCUUUCAUCAUUCUCACCUGCUCUCUUCCCUCUCGACUUCUUUUUAUUUCAAACCACUCGUGCCUCCUCUUGCAUCAUUUUUCUCCUUUACCCACAGAUCAUCAUUAUCAUCAUCGUCGUCGUCGUCGUCGUCGUCGUCGUCGUCGUGGUCGUAGUCGUCGUGGUCGUUUCUUGGCGAUUCUUUUCUCCUCUUAACAACUCUCACCUUACUCUCUUCUUGUUCCCUCUCGAAAAUCCCUACCACCUUGAUAACUCGUUAACUCACUCACUCCACUCUCUUUUUGUUGUCUUUUUCUUUUCCUCUCACCUGUCCGUUCAUCUAUCUCUCUCUCUCUCUCUCUCUUUCUCUCCUUCCCUCUCUUUUUCUCUCUCGAAGACUCUCGCGCGGCAUCUCCCUCUCGAAUUUUUAUGGCAGCGAACAACACGCGUUGCCUCUCGCGACGACCGUCGUGCUUCUCCCGUCUAAACGCAAUCACGUGGAGGAUGAUCACCCGAUCACCGGUUUCGUAAAAGUCAUCGAUGUUAGUUAAUCUACGUCAUUGUUCUCAUCGUUUUUGUUCUCAUCGUUUGUUUUAUCAAUAAAUUAAUUAAUAACAAUAAUAAUAACAACAACAACAACAACAACAACAACGACAACAACAACAACAAUAAUAAUACAAGGAUAAACUUAAUAAUUAAUCAUUAAGUUACAUUUUUAUACAUUUAUCUCCGUUCGACAAUCUUUCUCGUUUAUCCAAGAAAAGGAGAUAUUAUAUUCAGGAUUGAACCAGGUCGAUGUACUGCACGACACCGAGGGAAUCGAGUGACGCCUCACUUCCGUCGGGAACAGUUUCGGUCGGGAGGAAGCUCAUAUGGAAUGGCAUCGCGUGGAUCCUCGCCGAGGAGAAGGGGGCCGAUCGCAAUAGCGAUGCUCGCCAUUUUGACGAGCGUCGUCGUGUCGGGCGGUUUUUGUCCGCCACGAUGUCGUUGCGACGACGAAACCUUAAAAGCAUCCUGCGCUUACGCGGAUUUCGAAUUCGUGCCAAUCCAGCUGAACCCGGAGAUACGACAUUUGGAUUUGUCCAACAAUCGGGUCGCGAACCUACACUUGACUUUUGGUUUUUACGGUAACUUGGAGAGCCUUGAUUUAAGCUCGAAUCUGAUUCGUACUCUUGGUACCGACAAUUUUUCACUUCAAACGCGCUUGUUAAAUCUCAACGUUAGUUACAAUUCCAUUAGGACCAUUGCAAAGAAUGCUUUGAACGGUUUGAAAUCGUUGAGAGAAUUGAACCUGGCUGAUAACAAUAUCACGGAGAUGGACGAGCAAGCGUUUAAAUAUACCAGCGAGUUGGAAGUGCUCGAUCUCAGUGGGAACUCUAUCACCAGUUUGCCAAAAGAUCUGAUGAAGAAUCUACACAAGAUAAGAACGUUGGUUCUAAAAAGAAAUUCGCUUUUAGAGGUMCCAGCCGAUAACUUAGCUUUGGCACCGAGCCUGGAGAACGUCGAUCUUUCGGAGAAUCUGAUUCAAGAAUUAACCAGAGACUCCUUGCCGUCCUUACCGUCCUUGGUCUCGUUGAAUCUAGCGGACAAUGUGAUCCGAAGUAUAGCCGACGACGUAUUCGAUCGAUUGCCAGGCUUGUUGCGUCUCGAUCUCUCGGGAAACAAUUUGACUUCGGUACCAACUGCUGCAUUGGCAAGACUUAACGUUCUUUCCAGUUUGAUCCUCAAUCGAAAUCCCCUUGGUACUCUACAUCCCGUAGCCUUUCGCAAUCUUUUUGAACUGCGAAGCCUAGAAUUGGACGAUUGCACGCUCGAGAAUAUCCAUGCGAGAGCGUUUGCCGAUAACGUUAAUCUCGAGCGUAUAUCUAUGGACGGUAAUCGUGAAUUAAAGGAAUUACCUGGACGGGUAUUGUACAGUGCGAGAUAUUUAAAAUCGGUUUCUCUGCGUCAUUGCAGUCUCGCGACUCUUCAACCAACGCAGUUUCCGGUUGACGAUCUCGCUUUGCUACGAGUCGGCGGGAACCCUCUCGUUUGUAAUUGUUCAGUGCACUGGCUCUGGAACGUUAUCAGAGCGGAAGAACAACGUAACGAGACACGAUUGGAGCUCGACACGAACGACAUCGUCUGUACGGACGAGGAAUCUGCUGGGAAACCACUGAUCGCCCUACCGGAAGGAUCCUUACGUUGCAGAUUGAGUCUUCUCUAUCUGAGCUUGUCCGCGACUGGUUGCCUCGCGGCAACAGCCAGUAUCCUGGCUUUGAUAGCUCAUCUUACGAGAGCCAAAAGGAAGAAACGUUUGGCUUACGCGGCACCUAACAGGCCGGAAUUUUUAGUUUACGUUGGUAGAAGUAAUGAGGAUAUAGCGAAGAACGCGGAAUCCUGUAACAGACGAUUAUUAGCACGGCACGAGGACACUUCUUACGACACGCCUAGAGCUAAAACAGUUGUUAGGGUGCCUAGAUCGCAAGAUCGCAACAUUUACGAGACACCGAGGUACGCGAGACCCGAACGACGAUUAGAAGUGAUAGAACCACCUACCUCCAUACCCGGUGUUCAUGGAAGACAACAACAACAACAACAGCAACAACCACUACCACUACCACAUCAACAACAACAACAGCAACAACAACCACCGUUAGACGAAGGUGUCUACGCUGUAGCGGAUGUAACCGGUCUUCGAGAAGAACCACCGGAAAUGUUAUCCCUUUAUCGUAUGCAGAAUACACGAAUGAACGUACAACGCGCUGAUUAUGGUUACGAUUAUGACUACGAUUAUGAUUACGAGCCACCGCUUCCGGACAAGCCUCACGUUGUCUUCGUUUGAAUGAAAAACGGAAGGAAAGUGUAUGUGAGACGAACAGAGAUAGAGAUAGAUAGAUAGAAGGGAUGAGAGUGAGAGACAAAGAAAGAGAAAAGGAAAAGAGAGAGAGAGAGAAAGAAAGAAAGAGAAAUAGAUAGAUAGAGAGAGAGAGAGAGAUAGAAAGAGAGUUUCUUGAUUCCGUUGUACGUUAAGAAUGAUCUCGACCAAAUCGAGAUUCCAAUCGCGCUUUUCCAACAAAUAUCUCUCUCUUUCUCUCUCUUCCUCUCUCUCUCUCUCUCUUUUUCUCUUCCUCUUUCUCUUUCUCUAUCUUCCCCUCUUUCGUUUUCUCUCUUUCUCUGGUCGUUUCGUUCGACAAGAACAGCUGCGCUUCUUCGAUCUUUUCGAGAACGAACUUACUCGUUUGGGAAUGUCUGAGAUAACUCGUCGAUACGUACAUAUUGUGUGUUCUUUACCCCACCCCCCCUCCCCAUCAACCCUUCUCACCGUCACUAGUACGUACGCGUGUACACGCGCACGCGUGUGUUUGUAUAUGCGUGUUAUAUAUAUUUAUAUCCAACUAAAGGUUUGAUUUUGUUUGAGUUUAUUUUUUAUUCGAUUUUUCUCUUAUCCCCGGCUUCCCCUAUUUUAUUUUGAUUUCAUUUCCUUGUUUUCUAUACCUAUUUCAUUCUCUUGCUCUCGCAGUCGCUGUAACCGGAUAGAAAAGAAAUUUUGGAAAGGACACUUGGACGAUCGGACGACUCGAUACGAUCCGUUAUAUCGAAUAUCGGUUAUAUCGGACUACGAGGAGGCUCAUCGAAUAUGUUGUUACAUUCACAUACUUUAUUUCGAAUAUUAUAUAUUUUUAUAUAAAUUUUUCGUUUUAUCUUUUAAAACCUUAUCCGUAAGAAACAUUUCUCUAUCUCUUUCAUUCGA